UAUAAAAAGAAUAGAUAAGAUUUGCGUUUUAAAGAGUCGUUUCUAACUUUUCUAGGCAAGUCUUUUAUCUUUUUCAUUCAAUUUGUUUUACGAUUCUGAAUUACUCUAAUGGAGAACAACUCUGAACUUUCGGAUCCUAAUAACUUUAGCCCUCUUACUGUUCAGGAUGUAGACGUAGAUUUUUUACCGAUUGUUUACGAAAUCAUACGAAGUAUUGAACGGGAUUUCCACGACAACUCUGCUAAAGCACGCGAGUCCCAAGAUUGCAGUCAAAAAGUAUUGGAAUUGCAAAAAAAGUUUGACGUUGCAAGAUCUCAGAUCAAACGACUACCUGGUAUUGACUACAAUAAACAAGACCAAUUGAAGCAAUUUGAAAUACUUAGAACUCAGCUGCGACUGAAGAGAGAGUUACUGCAAAAGUAUAGGAACAUGUGCUCAUUUGAAACAUCAUUUAAAUUCAUAUCCAGUGAGAAGAGCUGCGCAAUUAGCUAUCUCAGUGUUCUACAGAGGUAAAGAAAAAGUGUCCGAAAUGGAUCCACAAAAGGUCAAUGUUUUGUUAUCAUUUUUCAGAAGAUUCAGUCAACAUU